GCGCGACUUGUUAGUGCCCGAUUGUGCGUGCACCGUACAUAUUCCUACACAACAGUGCUAUCUAAUUGCGUCUUUGAUUAUCGCGCAAAUCUCGACUGUUUUUCUUCUUUUUUCUUCUGUCCACCCUUCGCCGAAUGUAAACCGGAAGGAAGAUGAGCGAAAAGAAACACAUCACGCCGAGCCGGAAGCGACUCGACGAAAUUUCGAGAUUGAGAUCGAGGGAACCGACAAGACCACCGAGAACAAAAGUCAAUCAAUCACCUUCUUCCGACCUAGGAUACGCAUCUUCGCGUCUUCCCAUUGUCAUAAAAGAUAGAAAGGAACAUGAGGAAACAAGCAAAACUCGAGUUCGGCUCAACGAUGGGCCUCUCGUGGAACUUGACUCUACUAAAGGCGGAAAGAUCUCGAUGACGACUCUCGAUGAGAACGUGAAUCCUGUACCGCGGGAGUUCCAAGCAAUGGAUAAAAUUGAUUACUUAGGACGAAGAGAACGCAUAGAGUCAGCAUCUAUGAUCAACCAAGAUGAAAAUACAACAGAAUUUGGAUAUCCAGUACAAGUGGUACUUGCGCAGCCUGAUCAUACCUUUGAAUUGGAUGAAGAAGCAUUAUCCAAAAUUCUACUUCACGACGACAUAAAAGAUAGAAGUGUUGUUGUUGUGUCUGUGGCAGGUGCAUUCAGGAAAGGCAAAAGUUUUCUACUCGAUUUUUUUCUUCGUUAUAUGAAUGACAAGUACAGUAAGGGAAAAAGUUCUGAUUCUUGGUUGGGAAAAGACGAUGAGCCUUUAAAAGGAUUCUCAUGGAGAGGAGGUUCCGAAAGAGAUACUACAGGAAUAUUAAUGUGGUCACAUAUUUUUCCUGCAACUUUACCAAGUGGAGAAAGAGUUGCUAUAAUACUAAUGGAUACGCAAGGUGCUUUUGAUAGUCAAUCAACUGUUAGGGAUUGUGCUACAGUGUUUGCAUUAAGUACGAUGUUGUCUUCUGUACAAAUUUACAAUUUAUCACAGAAUAUUCAGGAAGAUCAUCUUCAACAUUUACAACUUUUCACCGAAUAUGGUAGACUAGCUUUGGAAAAAUCAGGAAGUACACCCUUUCAAAGAUUGCAGUUCCUAGUAAGAGAUUGGUGUUAUCCAUAUGAAGCUGAUUAUGGUGCAGAAGGAGGGCAGAAAGUAUUGCAAAGAAGAUUAGAAAUAUCUAAUAAGCAACAUCCAGAAUUACAAAGUUUAAGAAAGCACAUCAAAUCUUGUUUUUCGGAUAUAUCAUGCUUCCUCAUGCCUCAUCCAGGCUUGAAAAUCGCCACAAAUCCUAAAUUUGAUGGUAGACUAUCAGAAAUUGAAUCAGAGUUUAAAGAACAGUUGAAAGUUCUUAUACCGAUGAUAUUAGCACCAGAAAAUUUAGUUACAAAAAAAAUUGAUGGCCAAGUUGUGAAAGCCAGAGAUCUGCUUGAAUAUUUCAAAAGUUAUAUAAAAAUUUAUAAAGGAGACGAAUUACCAGAACCAAAAAGUAUGCUUGUUGCGACAGCGGAAGCUAAUAAUCUAUCAGCUGUAGCUGAGGCAAAAGAUGUAUAUUUACAAUCGAUGGAAAGUGUUUGUGGAGGAAUCAAACCGUUUUUACCAACUGCCCUCUUAGAUGCAGAACAUCAGCGGUGUAUGGAUAGUGCUAUACAUCAUUUCCAAAAUAAACGAAAAAUGGGUGGAGAUGAGUUUAGUCAGAUGUAUAUGGAAAAAUUAAUGAAGGAUAUGGAUGAAGCUUAUCUUCAAUUCAAAGCGCACAAUGAAAGUAAAAACAUUUUUAAGGCAGCACGAACUCCUGCAGUGUUUCUCGUGAUAGCAGUCACUAUGUAUAUUUUAUCUGGUAUAUUUGGAUUAGUUGGUUUAUACAAUAUAGCAAAUACAUGCAAUGUGAUUUUGGGCGUUGGAUUACUUACGUUCGUGUUUUGGGCAUAUAUAAAGUACAGCGGUGAGUUCCACCAAAUGGGUACGCGAAUAGAUGAACUAGCAAAUGCUAUAUGGGAAAAUUUCAUGAAAGUACUUUAUCAACAAAUUGUGAAGAGGUCAGUUUCUGUAGCAGUGGUAGCGCAGGCUGCUGAAUUGGCAACAAACACGACAAUGAACGCCACUAUCACUGCCAAUGGCAAACCAAAAGUAUCAUAAUGAUCAUUCCCUCCAUUUCCAGAUAUUUUAGAUGCAUGAAAGCAUACGUCAGUAAAUUAACACCAAUAAGUGGCAUAACAAAAUUUUCUGAUAUGUUUUGCUGUAUACGUAAAGCCAUGAAUAGUUUCCUUUUUUUGAUUAUAAAAUAAAAGAUUGUAAUUGAUAGAUUAAUCUGAAAUAACUGUGAAUGUAUAUAUGGUAUAUCCUGAUUAUAAAUCAGUGUUAAAUCAUUGAAAAUCCCAGUUAUUAGUAUUAUCUAUGAUCAUUACUAUUACAUUGUUAUAGAAUUGAGCUCUUAUAUUGAUAAGUAGUAAGGUCAUUAUAGACUAAUUCAGAUUUUUAGUAUCUGGAAUGUUAACUUUAUUAAUAAUGCUUUAGUGAAAUGAAAAUGCCUUCGAAAAAGCGUAAAUAGGAUUACGAUGAUACAAACGUAUUAGAUAUUUCUGUCUGGACAUAUUUUUUUUAAUCGCUACAACCUAAAUUAUAAUACAUUGGAAUAAAUACUUUUUAUAAUUUUUAUAAUUAGAAUAUCACUUUUUGGAAAAACUUACAGUUUUCUAUUGCCACAAAUUUGGUGUAAUUAGUUCACAUUAUGUUUGUGCCAGAAACUUAAUAAUGUACUCUAAUUAUUUUUUUAUCGAAUACAAUAUAAAUAACACAAAUUGUUAUUAUUAACUAUUGAUUCUAUAUGAUAUUCAAGCCCCUUUUGUUUCUAAUGGAUCAUGAAUUUUAUUAUUUUUUUUUUUUUCCAUAGUAAUAAUGGUACAUUAUAUAGAGAAUCCAAUGACACAAAAUUAUGUUUAUUAUAUUAUAAAUAUGAUACUCGUGAUCCAAAAUAAAGAAACUGUGUGGGAAUCUUAUAAUAUUUUUCAUUGAUGGUAUUAUUUUGUAUUCUGUAUGUUCUAAAAUUUAAAAGAUGUGUUAUGGUCCAACUAUGCCAACGCAACUGAGAUAUACAUGCCAUAUUGAUGUAACAUGUGACUAUAUUAACUGUGUCACUUGACAGAAUAAUAAUCUGCAGGGAGAGUUUAUAAGUUCUGUAAGAUUGUAUUAUCUAACUUAAUUAUAAGAUAAAUAUUGUUGCCAAUGUGGUAUUAAUAUUGAUAAAAAUUAUGUAUUGUAUAUGAUAGACUUUAUUUCCAAGAUUGCUCAUACGGAAAAAUGUAGUAAAAAAGAUAUCUGUGAUCAUUUUUUGUGAAAAGCCUAAUGUAAUUCUGUAUUAUUUUUAAUAUUGCUUGAAUUAUCUUAAUCUAUCAACAAUCUUUCUAAUUCUUCAGCAAACAAAUUUUACGAGGAAACAUUGUUUGAUUUAUAAAAUAUUUAUAGAAUUUGUAUGCUGUGCAAAAGUGUGUCAAGAAAUAGUCUCCUAUUCGAUAGACUAUUAUAAAUAUUCAUUGAGUAAUUGUGGAUAAUAAAACUUAUCGUAUGCAUGUAUCAAAAUUUAGUUAUCUUGCCAGAUAAAUAUUAAUAUAUUUUAUAUUUAAUUUUAUAUAUUUGGUAGUAAACAAUUUUAAUUUUCGAGCGUUUUUCUCGUAUUUGUUUAGAUAUAAUUAAAAAUGAUGCAUGAGUUGAACUAAUUUUAUUCUGUAUAAUUAGUAUUUUUACGACAGGCAUAGCAUAAAAUUUGGCAUGAAUAUAUUAACAAAAAAUUUAUUAUAACACAGUCAUUUAUAUAAAAUUAUAAAAGCAUAUAAUAUUUUACAAACAAGAAGGACAAUUGUAAUGGUUUGGCAACAUUAAUAGUUUUUUCUAUUGUUAUGUUCUUUAUUACAUACAUAUGGUAAUGUGUAAUUAAUUAAAGAAAUAAUUUAGUGCGAGAUUAUAUCUUAAGUAAUUUGAACUUGCAGAUAAUAACAUUCACAUUUGCCUUGAAUUAUAUUUCUUAUAAUUUUGUUUAAUACGUUACUUUCUGUAUUGUGGUUUAUUUUUGAAAAACUUUAAUAUUCCUCUGUAAAUAUUUAAUCUGGAGAAAAGAAGAUACAGAUAUAAAUGGAUACAGAUUAUCUACUUGUGUUACUAUAUCUAUUUAGUGUUGAUUAAUACUAUUAAAUUUAGAUUAUAUUUUAAUAAUAGUUAUAAUAUUUUAACUGAACAUAACUGUUUAUUAAUAUUAUCUAAUGACCGAGCAGUAAAAUUAUUUUUCAUGCAUCAUUGUAAAAGGUGCCAUUGAAGUUGCCUGUACCGUAUACAUAUCUCUGUCUACUACAUACAUGGAGAUUAGCAAUAACAUUUAUCCUAAAAGAAAAAAUCGCUAAAAGUUCUUCUUGUAUAUAAUUUCAAUGUAAAGUAUUUUAAUUCAUAUGGAGAAAUCCAAAAUUAAUAUGUAAAUUAUACGGAUUAAGUUGAAUUUACAUGUUAAUAAUGACAUUGUUUCUGUUUAUGCCAUUUUGUAAGAUUAUCAAGAUUUUAAGUUUAAUUAAACAUUUGUAAUAGCAUUUUCACAGUAUAAGAAAGUAACUAAUUUGAAAUUUUUAAGAUUACAAUAAAGCAUUUCAUUAAAUACACAUUUAAGAAAUUGUGUACAUUUGUUUCAUCUUCAUAUUGUGUAUGAAAAUGGUUCUUGAAAUGAUUUCAUUUAUUAAAUGCUUUCAUACUAGGAUAUCAUUCAGAACAAUAGAAGGAAAUGUACAUUACAAUUAUAUUAUAUUAAACGCUCAAUUAUUCAUCCUUCAAAUCUUUUUGUACUAGUAUUGUGUUUUAAUACAAUAUAAAAUAAAUUUCACUGUACCUAUAUAUAUUUAACUAUUGAAUAACAAAUGUAGGUAGAGAACUGUUGCAAGCUACAUAAAUAAUACAAAUGCGUCUAAUGUGGUGUAACAUUGUUAUGGGUAAAAUAAAUACGUAUUUUUCUAUUUAUAAAA